GUUCUAUUCAGAGUAAAUACAAAUGUUGUACUCCUUUGUCCUCAUUCUAUUCGACUGAGUUGAAUAUUGAAGGAACGCGCGUCAUGCGGUUGGUGCAUUUCUAGCUAUUUGGAUCCGUUAUCAGUCAAAUAUCGUUGAGGUUCAAUAUUAUUCAAUCCUCAUGAAUUCGUUCAAUGACCAGGCGUGUGCCUUGUGUGGAAAGGUUGUUUCUACCAAACACGGUAUGGCUAGACAUUUAAAAAUCGUUCAUGAAGGUCUCGAAGAAUGUAAAUGUGACUCAUGUGGACGAAAGUUUACCACAAAAUUUGCCCUCCAUCGACAUAUUCGAAAAGUUCAUGAAGGUAUAUCAGAACUUGUUCUUCCUUGUGCUUGUUGUGGGAAGAAAUUCUCUGCCAAACAUGGUCUAGAGCGCCAUAUGAGACUGAUACACGAAAGUGCGGAAUUGUGCAUCUGCCCUUUGUGUAACAGGAGUUUUUCAACCAAGUUUGCUUUUAAUCGUCAUACAAAAACUGUGCACUCAGAUUCAAUCAGCCUGUGUUCCCCGUGUAAUAUGCUAUUUCCAUCAAAGUUCGCUCUUCUUGAACACAACCUUACGGUCCAUAAUACUUCAAAGGUGUUUGCUUGUCAUGAAUGUUUGAAAUGUUUUCCUGAUACAGAGUCACGAAGAAGCCACGAACAAAAUGAUCAUGGUGGUAAGUAAUAUAUUUGAUAAAUCUGCAUAACUAAUUAACUUAAUUAUUUAUAAUAUUUGUGGCCAUGAAUAAAUAAAAUCGACCUCCAUGUAUUCGGUAAACUAGGUAUUAGCAGAACUUAAGUUGUCUUUUCAUUAUACAGGAGCGAACAUGGCCGCCUGGAAGUGCACUGUAAAUUCUGAGAAUAUGAACUAAAACACUUAAUGGCUCCGAUUCAACAUUCAAAGCUGUCAACACAAAACGUUACUUGCACCUGUUACCCUCCAUGGGGCAUAAGACGUACUUCCUCCUUAUUAUGUUUGAAUUCCUACCUACAAGAUUGUGUCUGAAUUAGGGUGUAUGUUUAUGUAGCCGAAGACCUUGAAAAAAAUGAACCAGUUAGUCAGCUUAGAGUAUAUUAAGAUCUAUCCUGGCCGUAGCGUAGAUUCACCUUACAAGUUAACAUAACAUGGAUUGAUCAAUGGAUGGCAUAACAGACCUUAGAACUCAUAAUGGAGAACACAUUUGAGUACAACACUGGACUACCUCAAAUUUUCAUCCGAUAAGAUCCCUGAUUCAUUUACACAAAAAUCCAAUACAAUAUGACGUGUAUGAAAUGUUGCUACUUAGUUCAUAGUCGAAUUUUUUAUGAAUAUUAACUACAAUAAUUUCAUCUUUUUACCCCGUUUUAUUUUUGAAUUGUCACUCGUCAUCUUGUCCCGCAACCUUGAUGUUAAUACUUCUACCCUACCCGCCUUCUACAGAUAGCUAUUUUAAACCAAUCACAAAAUCCCCUACCAAAUCUAUUUACGAAACCUAUUCAUAACGCCCACCAAGCAAUCAUCUACAUUAACAUAUACAAGUAGCAAGUGGCAUCGACUGCUUUGUAAACUUAUUCAAAUUGGAAGCUGAAGUAACGGAAAAUUAUCCGUUAGACAAUCAAAAGAAGCCCAUCAAGCAUAAUAUUUAUAUGAAGUAAGCUUGGAUAUAUAGGAAGAAAAGUACAAAAAGUUGGUGAUGAGGACCGAUACUCGAUCUAAUAAAUUUCUUUUCAGUCAAUUCAGAUCUUAACAACAAGGCAUUAGAGCUUAACAAAUGAGCAAGUGAACUCCCCAAAAUAUACACAAAUAAUCCGUUAGACAAUCAAAAGAAAAAAUGGACCAGUUAGUCAGCUUAAAGUAUAUUAAAAUCUAUCCCGACCGUAGCUGCUACCUCGACGCAGUUGUCGGGCUUGCAUAUCGUGAUGAUUCAACCGAGCUAUAUUGCCUGGAACAUGUGUUCUUGUAGGUUCUACCAUGCCAGUCAGGUCGAUUGGAGAACGGUAAGA